UCAGUUUGCACUCGGUGAUCACGAUGGUGAGGCUGAAUGUGCGAAGCGUCUCGCCGGCCGCACACACCUGAACCUAAACACGAACCUCACGUGCCACGAGAUAUAUAUUUUGUUUCAACUUUCAAAGUGCAGUUUAUUCUUCAAAUUCAUAUCUAGUUUCCAAGGAGCUGAAAACAGUUCAUUAGGUGUCUUUAUGAGCCGGAGGGAAGAAUCGUGACGUAGGUUGGCCGCCCGUUGACCCGCCGCAAUGGUGUUCGCCGUGUCGGUGGUGGUGGGCGCGAUCAAGACGGCGACCGCGCUCGUCGGCGGCGCCUUCUGGUUUCUGCCGACGUUCAUGCUGGCCUUCGCCUACUACAACUACGAACUGUUCGACCCCGAGAACCGGGUCAUCAACGUGCAGCAGCUGCGCACCGAGUACGACUUCAUCGUGGUUGGGGGCGGCUCGGCGGGGGCGGUGGUCGCGUCGCGCCUCUCCGAGAUCGCCCAGUGGAACGUUUUGCUGCUCGAGGCCGGCGGCGACGAGACCGAAUUGUCCGACGUGCCCAUUUUGUCCCUCUACCUGCACAAGAGCAAGUUCGACUGGAAGUACAUGACGCAGCCCACCAGCUCGGCAUGCUUGGCGAUGGAAGGGCACCGGUGCAGUUGGACGCGCGGCAAGGUGCUGGGGGGCUCGUCAGUGCUGAACACGAUGCUGUACGUCAGGGGCAACAAGCGCGACUUUGACGAGUGGGCGUUGCAGGGCAACCCCGGCUGGAGCUACCAGGAGGUGAUGCCCUAUUUUUUGAAGUCGGAGGACCAACGCAACCCGUACUUGGCGCGCAACAAGUACCACGCGGUGGGCGGGCCGUUGACGGUGCAGGACGCGCCGUACAACACGCCGCUCAGCGUCGCCUUCAUCCAGGCCGGCCAGGAGAUGGGCUACGACCACGUGGACAUCAACGGCCGCCAGCACACCGGCUUCGCCAACUUCCAGUACAACAUGCGUCGCGGCUCGCGCUGCUCCCUGGCCAAGGCCUUCCUGAGGCCGGUGCGCCUGCGCAAGAACCUGCACGUGGCGCUCUGGUCGCACGCGACCAAGGUCCUCAUCGACCAGCAGACGCACAGGGCCUACGGCGUCCAGUUCCUCCGCAACGGACGCAUCCAGACCGCACUCGCACGCAAGGAGGUCAUCCUUAGCGCUGGAGCCAUAAACUCGCCGCAGCUGCUGCUUCUGUCCGGCGUGGGCCAUCAAGAGCACGUGAGCCAAAUGGGCAUCACCCCUAUUCAGGAUCUGCCCGGCGUCGGCAACAACCUGCAGGACCACAUCGCCAUGGGCGGCCUCGUGUUCAAGAUCGACAAACCCGUCAGCCUGGUGAUGUCGCGCACCGUCAACAUCAACUCGGCCAUGCGCUACGCCUUUUACGGCGACGGGCCAUUGACCUCGAGCGUGGGCAUCGAGGUGGUCGGAUUCGUCAACACCAAGUACCAGAACGCGACCGAGGACUGGCCGGACAUCGAGUUCAUGAUGACGUCGGCGUCGACGCCCUCGGACGGCGGCACGCAAACCAGAGUUGCGCACGGUCUGAGGGAAGAUUACUACCAAGAGGUUUAUCGCGAGAUCAGCAGCACAGACGUGUUCGGCAUCUUCCCCAUGAUCAUGCGACCGAAGAGCAAAGGGUUCAUCCGGCUGAAGAGCAAAAACCCAAAGGACUACCCGCUGAUGUACCACAACUACCUGACGCACCCGGACGACGUCAGGGUGUUGGUGGAGGGGGUGAAGGCGGCCGUGGCCGUCGGCGAGACGCAGACGAUGCGUCGGUUCGGCGCGCGUUUCCACCGAAAGGCGGUGCCCGGCUGCGAGAAGGUGCCGCUGUACACGGACGCGUACUGGGAGUGCGCCCUGCGCCAGUACACCAUGUCCAUCUACCACUACUCGGGCACGGCCAAGAUGGGCCCGGCCAACGACCCCGAGGCCGUGGUCGACGCGCGCCUCCGCGUGUACGGCGUGCCCGGCCUCAGGGUCAUCGACGCGUCCAUCAUGCCCACCAUCACCAGCGGCAACAUCAACGCGCCCGUCGUCAUGAUCGGCGAAAAGGGCGCCGACAUGAUCAAACAAGACUGGGGCGUCGCCAUCAACGUCACCGAGUGGCAUCCCUGAGACAAUCUCGUCACUUAUUUAUUUGUGCAGACAUUCAUUUAGUGGCCAAAAAUUACGCGUUUUAAGUUUUUGUGUUGUUUUAGAUGUGAUGGGGCUGGAAUCUUUCGGCGUUUCAAAUCAUCGCUAAAAUUAGAGUUUUGAUUUACUGGAAGUUUCUAGUUCCUUUUAAGACCCACUUUGGUGAUUUUUAUUACUCUUUAUUCUGAAAGGUUGCCAAAUUUUUAGAUUAUAUUGUAAAAAUAUUUGUUUAUAUUCCAAACUUUUGAGAGUCGCAAUCACAAGAAAACCUAAUUCAAGUGAAAAAAAUAGAAAUUUAUAAUUUAGGCGGUUUGGUAAAAAACUUCAGCUUUAGGUCACUGGUGGCGCUGCGAUCGCUGAUUAUUGCCAAGUUUAAUAGAAAAAUCAGCGACCGUAGCACCGCCAGUGACCAAAAGCUAAAUAUUUUUGACCAAACUUACUAAAUUCUCAUAAUUUUCGCGCAAAUUACUCAAAUUAAGUUUUCUCGUGGUUUUCACGCAACGAUUUGGAAUUUUAACAUAAUCUUUUUACAAGAUAUACUCAAAAUUUAGCAAUUUUGUAGAAUAAAGUGCAAUAAAAAUCAUUUGAUUGGGUCUUCAAUUAUCAUUGUUUAGAGUAAAAACGUGUUGAACUACCUUAUUUUUCUACUUAAGAUGCGACUGAACUAGGCGUUGUAGAUUCUUAAUAGUUUUGUAAACUACGACGUGCCUUUUUGACGGAUAUUUAAGCAGGAAAUCAUCAGGUGCAAUUUUUAUUGUCUAUUUAAAACUCCUUGGAAUUUUGUUAAAUUUUGUGCCAGUGGCGUCUACUGCGGGCAGUCGCGAGAUAUGAAAGCGUUCGUCUACUUUCUUACGCGCGCGCAUUUUGGCAGCGCCUUUCAUUAUCAUACACGCGCGAAUUGAAAUUAGCAGGUUUAUCUCGCACCGUCCGUGUGAAUCUUAAAGCGGCACUUUCCCUCUUUUUCUCCAACUAAACCGAUCAAAUUUUAGUUUCCGAGAAUUAAUAAAAGCUCAAAACUUUUUUUAAUUGUGUCAAGUUGGGUUCUUCUUUAAAGUGUCAAGGCUCGUUUAAAUUAAAAACGAUCCUCUUGAAUUAUUACAAAUGAGACAUUGAUUGAUUGUUUCGAUGAAAAAUUCGUUUCGCUCCGUAGACGCCAUUCGCCACUUUCAUAAUAACGGAGGUGUUGUUUCGAUUUAUGUUUCACCUGUGCUGUGACGCAACCGAUAAAGCCAUUGUUGCGGCAAUUCCAUAGACGAAGAAGUAUAACAUUAAUAACGAUCCAAAUGAAAUCGCGGAGCCCACAAAUUUGAGUUUCAAUUGUUUCCAUCUCGAAAGAAGAUAAAUGCGCGCAAUCUGCUCUUGAAAGAUCUGCACGAUUUGUCAAUUGGGAAAAAAAACAACUAAAGGCAUUUUAACAACGCCAUCGCGAGGUGUUUCAUUGUAAUAAAAAUAAAAAUACAACCCUAUUAAUCAUUUAUUAAUAAAAAAUACUAAAUAAUUCCUUGUUUUCGGCACAAAACAAUAGAGAUGGAAACCAUUGAUGCAAAUAUACCGAUUUUUUGCGUACGUCAUUUUUAUUUUGCACCGUGUGCAUCAUUUGGCAAAUGAAAGUUUCAGUAGAUCGUGCCGCGCGAUUUCUCUCAUCAACUGGAGCUGUGCUUUUUCAAUUACUUUUUUUUACAAAGUUAGCUGGACAAGUGCAGCUCAUUUCUCCUUAAUCCCCGAGUACAUAAACUGCCGCAGAUGUUACAACAAACUCGCUUCGUUUGUAUAAUAAUAAUUUGAUAAUCCUGCUGUGAUGAAUAUUAUACUUUAAAUUAUAAGCUGAUUAAAUAUACUUUUUGCCACUUGAAACAAUCGGCUAGAGAGAGUGUUCAUUUGUGUGUGUGUGAGUGAGCAAGUGCAUUAAGCCUCCAUUAAGGGAAAAGUUGGCAUAGUUAAUUAAUUAAAUAGUACGAAUCGCUCUCGGCUAGAGUGCACAACAUUAGAUGAUAAUGGCCUGCCCUGGGAACUUCCUCUUUGCGUGUGUGACUAUUACGAAUGUUAUGCAAAUUGAACAAACAAAAUUAAGUGCCACGUUUGAACAAACUUCUAUAAACGCUCACAUACGUCUUGUAUUGAUAAUCAUGUUAUUUUUAUUGUAUCUAUUCUGUGUGAAUAAUAUAUGAAAACUUUGUAAGAAGAAGUGUUGGGUGCAGUUUUCUAAUAAAAACGUGCAG